AUGGCUGCAACCUUUGCCUGCAGCUUUGCCACACUCUGCUGUUUGGCACUCUGGAGCUUCACCAAGACAUCAGGUGCUGUGCACGUGCCACCGCCUCGUUCAACCAUGAAACCCGGCUCCCCUGUCCCCGUGAACACCAACAACUCUGGCGUUCGCAAGGCGGCUCGCUUUGGCGUUUACCGAUACAACAACAGUUCCAACGACCUCUUUCUGUUUAAAGAGAUGCACAUAGAGAAAGCCAUGGUGCAGAUCGUCAGAGGGCUCAAGUACAUGUUGCACGUGGAAAUCGGCCGCACGGUGUGCRAGAAGAGGGAGCACUCCCACCUGGACAACUGCAAAUUCCAGAGGAAGAAACAGCUGCAACAAGUGCUUCGGUGCUAUUUUGAGGUCUGGAUGAUGCCUUGGUUACAUAUAGCAAACGUUUCCAUUGCCCUCUGUCACUGA